UUCCGUUUGUUUUUGUUUUAUUGAAUGUCUUCAACAUCUUUCAAAUCAAAGUUCAACCUUGUCGCCUCAGCCUUGGCAGCGCUGGUCUUGCUUAGUCUUAUGAGCGAGGUCAAGGCGGUGUGCCCAUCAGGCUGUUCGUGCACCUCAGGCGAGACUUCCGUCAGCUGUACCAACGUCUUCCCAUCAACCAUGCCCAGCACCGUCAGAAAAUGCAUUGUCCAAGACGCCCUGGACACGCAGUUCCCCAACGCUGCUGUCUUUAACAAUUUGCCGGAUCUCGUGCAGCUCACUCUCAAGAACUUGACACGACUGAACGCGCUGCCCAACGCUUUCCUGGGUGGUUCGGACAACCUAAAGCUUCUUGUCAUCCAAGACGUUGGCUUUGCGCAACUGGGCGCUCUGGCUUUCAGUCAUGCAGCAAGCUUGACUUCAGUGACGCUGUCUUCCUCCCCGAUGACCUCAAUCGCAAGUGGGGCGUUCAGUGACCUUACCGCUUUGAAUGAGUUGUAUCUGUCCAGUCAUUCCAAGCUCAAUGCCCUCCCGGAUUACAUUUUCCAAGCCCAAACCAGUCUCAAAGUUCUUGACCUCUCCAUCACAAAACUGACCCAGCUCUCAUCAAACACACUUGCCGGCCUAUCAUCUCUGAGAAACUUACAAAUCGCCAAGACAUCCAUCUCCCAGGUUAACGAUGGGGCCUUUCACCAUCUCCACCAAUCGCUUCAAACCUUAAACUUUCACUCUCACCAAAUGACUACCAUUCCAGACGAGUUCAAUACGUUGGCUGCCCUGCAAUGGCUAGAUCUGGGGUCGGGCAGGAUCACAUCGAUUGUGAACUCGCCAUUUUCUGUGAUGGGCCAAUUGCAGCACUUCGGCUUGUCGGGCUGUAACAUCACCUCCGUGUCGGUGAAUGCUUUCUAUGGCUUGAGUUCUUUGACACUCCUCGAUCUUAGUAACAACCCGAUCAGCACCAUCCCCAGUGGCAUCUUUAACCACCUCCAGACACUGACCAACCUCGAUCUUUCCUUCUGCCUGCUCACCACCGUCCCGACCAGCCUAUUCAAACAACUAGAUAACUUGGUUACACUGGAAAUGCGGUACAACGCUCUUGCCACGCUACCGCCCGGUACGUUUCAAGGUCUCCAGUUUCUUACCUCAACGAAUCCUGUGAACUCUAACUUGUUCCAGACGACGGCCCCUCCGAGCACUUAUGGUCCUCCCAUCAAUCCGACUGCUUGCCACUGGACAUGCGCAACCUGCUAUACCGGCGGAUCGAGUGGUUGCUGCAGCGCAGGCUGCUUGACCUGCACGGCUACAAACGCUUGCGCCUCGUGCUACAGUGGGUAUGUCCCCCUGAACGGAGUGUGUGUGCCCCCGGCUGCCUCUGUUGCCUCUGUUGCAUCAGCUGCCUCCGCUUCCGCUACCUCCGCUGCUUCUAUUGCCUCGGCUGCUUCUGCCGCCUCGGGUGCUUCUGUCGCCUCGCUUGCCUCUGUUGCCUCGGCUGCCUCUGUUGCCUCGGCGACUUCUGCUGCUUUCGCGGCGUCUACUGCCGCGGCUUCGAUGGCUUCCAUCGCUUCUGCUUCUGCUGCCUCCUCUGCGUCCGCAGCCAUUGCUUCUGCCGCCUCUGCCGCGUCUGGUGCCACGGGAGCGCCUGCAAACGACAGUGGAAGCUCGAGCGCCCUUGCCGCCAUUCUCGGAGGCGUUCUCGGUGGCCUGAUUUUGCUGCUGCUCCUUGUUUUGCUGGCUCUUGCUCGUACCCGCCGUCGCAACCCCAAGCCAGCUCAGCCUCUUCCGAUGCAGUCACUGAAAGGCAGUGCCGUCCCUGUUGUCUACAGCAAUUCGCGUUUGCUCCCGGGGAACGAAACUGUGGAUCCGGAAUCGAUGUACGCCUCGAUCGGCGACACCAAGGCGGCCGAACCAAUCUACGCUGACGAGCAGAUCCACAACGCUCUAGCCGGCCCCGAGUAUGGAAACAUUGGUCAGCAUACCAACGAGGCUUUCAUUCCCAAAUCUACCGCCUAAUGCGUCAGUGUGUGUCGUUCAAACAGUGGUUGGUUGUGCUUUUCAAGAUGGUAGUGUGAAUUUUACAUUCAUCAUCUUGUGUUUUGGUGUGCUUGUGUAGUUGGUUGGUUUGUUGCUGUGCUUUGUUGAGUUCUGUGUGCUUUGUUGAUGGGAAUAUACAACCACGUUUGCAUGCCCA